AUUGAGUGUUAUGCUAGAGGACUGGCUCUUGUCAACACACCUUCAAGACAAGUUUUACGACAGAAAAAACGGAUCUGUAUCUACUGAAAAAGGGAACGAAGUUAUUUCUUAAAGAGGAGAAAUAUGUGUUCCAGAUUUUUAUUGUCGGUUUUGUGAGGUUAUGAGGUCCCAAGUGAUCGGUAAUUAUGCACUCGGAGUAUUGGACUGUGUGUUCGUAGAUUCAAAGUCUCGACAAUAUCUUAUUCUUAUUAAUCAUUUCAUGCUGUAAACCACUGUUCGAAACUUUAAUUUACAAACCAGUAUCAACCAACCAAUCAUGGCGAGGAAGGUCACGUGGUACAGGUCGUCGUGGCGUUUUAGCUUUCAGCUGCUCCGAGAGGCAGCUGCAGGUCGGCUGCUGUGAUGGGAGGUCGGAAGUGUCGCGAAAUCUCUUAGUUUUUUUUUUAUCUGUUUAAAUAUUGAUUUAGAUGUCUCUUGGAGCACCUUAGAACGUUCCGUAAAAUGACCAUAAUAGUUUUUUUGAUAGAUACCUCAGCUUCUAUGAAUCAAAGAGCUUAUUUAGGUGGACGCCCAACCUUACUCGAUGUUGCUAAAGGCGCUGUAGAGACAUUCGUUAAGGUACGUCAAAGAUCUCCAGAAAGUAGAGGUGACAGAUACAUGCUAUUAACGUUUGAAGAACCGCCUUCAAAUAUAAAGGCUGGAUGGAAGGAAAAUUUAGCAACAUUUAUGAAUGAACUUAAGAAUUUAAACUGUGUGGGAAUGACCACAAUGGGUGCUGCCUUAAAACAUGCAUUUGAUGUAUUGAAUAUUAAUCGAAUGCAGACUGGCAUUGAUACUUAUGGACAAGGGCGUUGUCCUUUCUUUUUAGAGCCUUCAGUGAUCGUAGUCAUCACUGAUGGAGGAAAACUUUCAAACAACAGUGGUGUCCAAGAGGAUUUCAAUUUGCCUAUGCAUUCCCCUAUACCUGGCUCUGAACUGACAAGGGAACCAUUCCGUUGGGACCAACGGCUAUUUUCACUUGUCCUUAGACUGGCAGGAACCCCUGCUAUUGACAGGGAUAUUGGACUCGUGCCCAGUGACUGCUCUCCAAUAGAUGCCAUGUGUGAAGUAACUGGAGGGCGCUCAUACUGUAUAACAUCACAUCGUAUGUUAAUGCAGUGUAUUGACAGUCUGGUACAAAAAGUACAAAGUGGUGUCGUUAUCAACUUCGAAAAGAUUGGACCUGAUCCACUGCCUGUUACAAAUGAAGGUGGUAAAUCAGACCAGUCAGACAUAAUACUGUUAGAUGGUGAUGGAGACAGUAGGAAUGGAAUGGAAAAGGAUUGGGAUAGAGAAUAUUCAUCUCUAUCUGAAGAGGAAAAUGCAAACAAAAGUGGAAUAAGGCCAGGGAACAACCUGAUGCCCGCACUACCCCCUGCUAACAGCACUGCUUGGCAUUCCUGUAGAAGACUGAUUUAUGUUCCACGGUCUGCUCAGAAGGGAUUUGCAGUUGGAUUUUGGCCAAUACCAGAGUCGUUUUGGCCUGAUGUUAGUUCUUCAGCACUGCCACCAAGAUCUGCUCAUCCAAAUGUGAAAUUUACAUGCACUAGUCAAGAACCAAUGGCCAUAGAAAGCCUUCCAUUUGAUAAGUAUGAAUUAGAACCUAGUCCAUUGACACAAUACAUACUAGCUCGGAAGCAGCCAACAAUAUGCUGGCAGGUGUUCGUAGCAAACAGCUACAAAAAUUCAGAAGUUGGUCAUCCAUUUGGGUACCUGAAAGCAAGUACACAUCUUACAUGUGUGAACUUGUUUGUCAUGCCUUAUAAUUACCCAGUAUUGUUGCCUUUAUUGGACGAGCUAAUUAAAGUACAUCGAAUGAAACCAACAAAUGAAUGGCGCAUACAAUUCCAAAGCUACAUGCGCACAAUGCCUUCGUACUAUGCUGGCCCAUUAAGAAGAGCAUUAACUCGGAUGAAUGUACCAGGCAAUCUUGUACAGACACUGAUUCCAGAUACACUAGACAAUUCACUUAGUUAUAGUGUAUUGAAUUACUUGAAACGACUAAAGAAUCAAGCAAAAAUUGAGUUUGAUCGACUUUGCAGUGAAGUUGGAAGUAAGGCAGCAAAUGUAAAUAAUAGUGGGAAAGGUCUGUCUUCUCCGUCAGCGUCAAUAACGGAGGGAAUAAGAGUUACCGCUAGAUCUUCUCUCAAGAAGGAUCUUGUAUCACAUCCUCUGCUUCAAGAUAAAUUUACAUCAUUACGGGAGCAACUAAAUGAAUUUGGUGGUUUUGUUGUUGGUUUGGCGAGGGGAAAGAAUCAAAAAGGACGCCAAAGUUAUCGAAACCCUUUCGAUGUGCCUCGCCACUGUUUGCUGGAACAAGUGGUUCGUAUGAGAGCUAAUUUCCUUCAGUCUUCCCCUGCACAGACAAAGCUUGUGGAUGAUGAUUACCUCCAUAGCAUGCCUGUCGGCCAGAUGGGAAACUAUCAGGAGUAUUUGAAACGUAUGCAACCACAGUUGAGAGAAAUUGAAUCGACACCUGUUCGACAGCAUAUGUUCGGUAAUCCCUUCAAGAUUGACAAGAGAAUGAUGGUGGAUGAAGCUGACAUAGACCUUGUUGGAAGUGGCAGUGGAGGACAUGGUGCAAGUGGAUCUCACCGGAGUGGUACAAAAAGAACUGCUUCUCAUUCUGGUAUUGACCCUGGAUCACCUAGACCUCCCAGUAAAAGGAAACCUGGUCCGAUACCAAAAGAUGUGGUUGUACGCAGACCAUCUUCACCAUUGCCAUCACUAUCUCCUUCUCGUAGCCCGCCAUCUUCUCCAGCACAUGUUUGGUCAACUCCGGGGUUUGCAGCAGAUCCUUUACCACCCGUUUUAACACCCAUGUUACCUCUCCCAGACCGCCCAUCAUCUGUGAUAUCUGACUCUGAAAAUGAUGACUCUAAUCUCUCCAGUCAGGAUAUUGGUGCAUCAGGGCCACCAAAGCUAGUUAUGGUGAAUGGUGACAUCGGUGAAAAUGGGGGACCACCACACUUGGGACCACGAUGCGUUUCACCUCCUAUGCAGGAAACUUUACCUCCUCCUGUUCUUGUGCCAUUGACAAACCAUUUAUCAGAACAGUUUCCAUUGAGUAGGCGACAAUCUCCCCCUUCUAGCCCAUCAUUUACAAAUCACUUGACAUUUGGAGAUACAGAUAUGAGAGAUCAAAACUUCAGCAGUGCUAAUCAGAUAGGUAGCAAUCACUUUGGUACUAUAGGGCCAGAACCAUCAGUCAAAGGACAAAAAAGUAUUGCAUAUUCUGAAUUGAGCAAGAAGGAACUGGCUGAAAUAAAGAGACAUAAUAUGAAAGUGCGGACUCUGGCGUACAAAGAAGUGCGUAGGCCAGGAAAAAAUUUUGGUCCCCUGUUUAACCACCUAAAAACUAUGAAAGGUGACUUAAAUGUGAAAAUGAAACUGAUGCGGGAAGUGAUCCAUGAAUCAUUGCGUUUUAAACGACGGACAUUAGCAAAUUUGCUUGAAGAAUUCUUGCACACAAUGGUUGCGAACUCUAAUCAUAACAUGUUAUUGAUUCAUCCUCAGAAUAAUAACGGUGCGACAAAAUUAGGAUGAAAAAAAAAAAAGUUUUAUACAGAUCUAUUACACAUUUUCAGAUGGCAGUAAGAGAUCUAUUUUGUGAAGUAUGUACUCCAUUUAUUGUAGGGAGUAAACUGUUGCCUUUGAUGUUUAGUAUUGUAGUAUUUGGAACAGAGAUCUGUCUGCUCAGUCACUAUGGAUAAAGUUCAGUAGCCUCCAAAAUUGAUUUCCCAAGGAAAAGUUGUCUUUCUGGGCAUUAUUUUUGCAGUAGCACAACAAACUAGGACUGAUAUGUUAUCACACAAAUCUAAUUUGUUCUAAAUACAGAAGCAAUUCUACAUAAUGCCUGUGAAAGAAAAACCAAAAGAAAAUUUCAGUAUUUAUGUAUUUCAGAUCCCUCAACGUGAAGUUACAUUGAAAAGCAGCAUUAAAAACAGUUCAUCUUUCCUCAAACACUGCAUAUAACAUUAAACGGGUAUUUUUUGUAAAAACCACCAGUAGGAUGUACGUAGAAAAAGAUUGUCUGAUAACAUAGAUUUUUGUGGGCACUCAGUGCCAAACCUGUACAAAAGUGUGUCUGUUGUUGUUUUUGAUAGGUUUUUAACUUGUUGAAUUUACUAUUUUGUUGUGCUGUUCUGAGGUCAUGGUGAGAUUGGACAUUGUUAUAGCGAUCUUUGUGUUGUGUGUUUCAACAAUGUUUAAAAUCGAGAUGUCACCCCCGAUCAUGCUUUAAACAAGGGAGAGUGUUGAAGAAGAAGUAAUAGGACUCUUUUUUUUUUUAUCAGUUGGCUGAUAGUUUUAAAAGUGCUGGAUCACACUGUCUUUCAGUACCGAGAAUUUUAUUCCAGUGUGAAUAUUUGUUACAAAUGUAUUAAAUUAUUAUUUUACACAUAUAGAAUG